AUGGCUGCUAUGACAACACCAUCUUCUCACCUCUUCUCCAUUUCACAAUCUCUUUCCCGCCUCUCUCCUCUCCAAUUGUGCGUGCUUGACACCAAAACUCUAGUUUCAUUCCCCAUUAACAAUAGCAGUAAGAAGAAACAUGCUGGUGCUGGUGCUGGUGCUGGUGCUGGUGGAAUUAAUUGCGCGGCUGUAAGCACAGCCUCAGACGCAGAGACAAAAAGGAAAAAUAAGUUGGAGAUUCAAACGCUCACAGGUUGGCUAUUGAAGCAGGAACAAGCAGGUGUCAUUGAUACUGAACUUAUUAUUGUGCUUUCUAGCAUUUCAAUAGCAUGUAAGCAGAUUGCUUCUUUGGUGCAGAGAGCAAGCAUUUCUAACUUAACUGGAGUUCAGGGUGCUGUUAAUGUUCAAGGAGAGGAACAAAAGAAGCUUGAUGCGGUCUCUAAUGAGGUGUUCUCUAGCUGCUUGAGAUCAAGUGGGCGGACAGGGAUCAUAGCAUCAGAAGAAGAGGACGUACCGGUGGCAGUGGAAGAAAGUUACCCUGGAAACUAUAUAGUGGUUUUUGAUCCUCUUGAUGGAUCAUCCAACAUUGAUGCUGCAGUGUCCACUGGAUCCAUCUUUGGAAUAUAUAGUCCAAAUGAUGAGUGCCUAGCUGAUAAUGGUGACGAUAACACUCUUGACAAUGCAGAACAGAGAUGUAUUGUGAAUGUGUGCCAGCCAGGAAGUAACCUUCUUGCUGCAGGCUACUGCAUGUAUUCAAGCUCAGUGAUUUUUGUCAUCACCAUUGGAACAGGUGUGUUUGCCUUCACCUUGGAUCCAAUGUAUGGGGAAUUUGUUUUAACUCAAGAAAACAUCCAGAUACCAAAGGCUGGAAAAAUAUAUGCAUUUAAUGAAGGAAACUAUCAGUUGUGGGAUGAUAAGUUGAAGAAGUACAUUGAUGACCUUAAAGACCCUGGUCCUAGCGGCAAGCCCUACUCUGCUCGAUACAUUGGUAGUUUGGUUGGCGACUUCCACCGGACACUGCUAUAUGGUGGCAUUUAUGGGUAUCCUAGAGACAAGAAGAGCAAGAAUGGGAAGCUGAGGCUCUUGUUUGAGUGUGCACCCAUGAGCUUUAUAGUGGAACAAGCCGGUGGCAAGGGAUCAGAUGGCCAUCAAAGAGUACUUGAUAUUCAACCAGUUGAGAUACAUCAGCGUGUUCCACUAUACAUUGGGAGCCAGGAGGAAGUGGAGAAAUUGGAGAAGUACUUGGCUUGAUUGAACUGUAAAAGCAAAGACAAUAAUUUUGUUUGUGAAGAUAAAUGCCUCUUUGAUAGUUUUUGAAGAAAUACAUUAUUGAAAGUGAAGAAUUAGAAAAAUAGAGAAAAAAAAUGUUGAAAAUUA